AUGCGCAGACAGUGUGCAGUGCCUCCCGAUGGAUACGAUUCUCCUCUCGGAAAAAAGAGAGGAGAGCUACGUCGUCUAAUUGCAGAAGGACUACGCAGAGUAACCGGUGUCCCUCACGCUGAGAUGUUCUGGACCGCCAGGGAGUUCUACCGUUUUGUUGCUGUCAGGCACAGCGUGCUGCUCGACGGCUGGCCGGACGACGUCCUCUUCGCAAACCUCAGCACCGUCCGUGGUGGGAUACGCACCUUGGACAGGCUUCUUGACCUCUGGAAUGAGGGAACCCUCUGCUUCCGUCGUAUCUCAGAUUCGGAGGUCCUCGCACUCAAUGAGGCAAGCGCUGCACCCGGACGAUAUGUCGAGCGGCCACGUCGCACUGCAGGACGGCCAGACAUCAAAAAACAUCGCCGUAGGCCCAUCACGAAUCCGCUCGGACUUCCGAGGGCGAAGGAGAAGCGAGGUCCCAAAAGCCCAGAGUUUGUCGUCGAUUCUGACGACGAGCCUGGCGUGACGGUGGAGACUCAGCCAGUACAGGAGGAAAGGGUGAGAAAGCGAAGGAAGAGGAAGCUGCGGGAGCCGAAGAGCAAAGAAUUCAUAGAGUCAGACAUGGACACUUGA